GAAGCUGGCUCGGGAAUGUCUUGGGCUGAGCUGCUGUUCGGAGAAGGGACCCUGGCAGCCUUCUGGAGAUCCAGAGACAAAGAUGAGCCAGAAGUGGAGACUGGGAUCACCACGCAGCAGAAUAAGCCUGCACGGCACCCAGAAGAGGUUGCUGAGCCCCGGGCCAUGGUCCCCUCUCGCAGGACGUGGAACUUGGGAGCCACGCCUUCACUUCGGGGCCUGUGGAGAGUGGGCCGGGUCCAGGAGCCCAAGCCUGGGAUGGCUCGCCCCGCCCCAGCCAGCCCAGCCGCCCGCCCUUUCCCACACACCGGCCAGGGGAGGUUGAGAACUGGGCGUGGAAAAGAUACCCUACCUGGUGGCGAGGAAGACUCCACUUCCCGGUCUGCAGCUCGCCCGUCUCUUGCUCAGUGCCGAGCCCUCAGCGUGGACUGGCCUGGCCCUAGGAGUCCCCAUAGACUCUACCUGACAGUGCAGCAGGCCCUGCAGGACAAGGGGUGCGAGAGCAAGAGUCAGGGGACGAAAGAAGACAGACUCCCGAAGAGGCAGGCGCCGGCCCCCAGGCGGGACCGGGAGGCCCCAGAAGCUGGUGGUACCAUGAAUGUAGAAAAACCAGGUGGGCGGCUCCUUGGCAUCGGGAGGUGCUCAAGCCUGUCCGGGUCACCAGGCCCAGACCCCGUGGUACAUAGGACCGUGGAGGCCAUGUCCCAGCUUCAGGAGGAGCUGGUAGUCCUUCGGGAGAGGCUGGCCCUCCAUGACAGUGACCGGCAAGCCACAACCACCCAGCUGCAGAACCAGGUGGAGAAUCUAAAGGAAAAGCUCAUUAGCCAGGCCCAGGAAGUGAGCCGACUGCGAUCAGAACUGGGGGGCACCGACGUGGAAAAGCACCGGGACAGACUGAUGGUGGAGAAUGAGCAGCUGAGGCAAGAGCUGAGGCGCUGUGAGGCGGAGCUUCAGGAGCUUCGGGCACAGCCGGUGGUGCCCUGCCAGGGUUGCGAGCACAGCCAGGAGAGCACCCAGCUCCGGGACAGGUUAUCCCAGCUGCAGCUGGAAGUGGCCGAGAACAAGGGCAUGCUGUCGGAGCUGAACCUGGAGGUGCAGCAGAAAACCGACCGGCUGGCAGAGGUAGAGCUGCGGCUCAAGGACUGCCUGGCUGAGAAAGCACAGGAAGAGGAGCGACUCAGCCGGCGCCUGCGUGACAGCCACGAGACCAUCGCCAGUCUGAAGGCCCAGUCCCCACCUGUUAAGUAUGUCAUCAAGACAGUGGAGGUAGAGUCGUCCAAGACCAAGCAGGCCCUCAGCGAGUCCCAGACCCGGAACCAGCACCUGCAGGAGCAAGUGGCCAUGCAGAGGCAGGUGCUUAAGGAGAUGGAGCAGCAGCUGCAGAACUCGCAUCAGCUGACAAUACAGCUGCGGGCUCAGAUUGCCAUGUAUGAGGCAGAGCUGGAGCGGGCGCACGGGCAGAUGCUGGAGGAGAUGCAGUCCUUGGAGGAAGAUAAGAACCGGGCCAUUGAGGAGGCCUUUGCGCGGGCCCAGGUGGAGAUGAAGGCUGUACACGAGAACCUGGCAGGUGUCAGGACCAACCUGCUGACGCUGCAGCCUGCGCUGAGGACCCUCACCAACGACUACAAUGGGCUCAAGCGCCAGGUGCGGGGCUUCCCCCUGCUGCUGCAGGAGGCUCUCCGGAGUGUCAAAGCUGAGAUUGGCCAGGCCAUUGAGGAGGUCAACAGCAACAACCAGGAGCUGCUGCGCAAGUACCGCCGGGAGCUGCAGCUGCGCAAGAAGUGCCAUAACGAGCUGGUGCGGCUGAAGGGAAACAUCCGGGUGAUUGCCCGAGUCCGGCCAGUCACCAAGGAGGAUGGGGAAGGACCUGAGGCAACCAAUGCUGUGACCUUUGACCCUGAUGAUGACUCCAUCAUCCACCUGCUGCACAAGGGCAAGCCUGUGUCCUUCGAGCUGGACAAGGUCUUCUCCCCGUGGGCGUCCCAGCAGGAUGUGUUCCAGGAGGUGCAGGCCCUCAUCACCUCCUGCAUCGAUGGCUUCAAUGUCUGCAUCUUUGCUUAUGGCCAGACAGGCGCCGGCAAGACGUAUACAAUGGAGGGCACCCCCGAGAACCCAGGCAUUAAUCAGCGGGCCCUGCAACUGCUCUUCUCAGAGGUGCAGGAGAAGGCGUCCGACUGGCAGUACAACAUCACCGUCAGUGCAGCUGAGAUCUACAACGAAGUCCUCAGGGACCUGCUGGGGAAAGAGCCUCAGGAGAAGUUGGAGAUCCGACUGUGUCCAGAUGGCAGCGGCCAGCUGUAUGUGCCAGGGCUGACUGAGUUCCAGGUGCAGAGCGUGGAUGAUAUCAACAAGGUGUUUGAGUUUGGCUACAACAACCGCACCACCGAGUUCACCAACCUGAAUGAACACAGCUCACGCUCCCAUGCUCUGCUCAUUGUGACGGUGAGAGGCGUGGACUGCAGCACAGGCCUCCGCACCACGGGGAAGCUGAACCUGGUGGACCUGGCUGGCUCCGAGCGUGUAGGGAAGUCGGGGGCUGAAGGCAACCGCCUGCGAGAGGCACAGCACAUCAACAGGUCACUGUCUGCCCUGGGGGACGUCAUCGCUGCCCUGCGUUCUCGACAGGGCCAUGUGCCCUUCCGUAAUUCCAAACUCACCUACCUGCUGCAGGACUCACUCAGUGGUGACAGCAAGACCCUCAUGGUGGUACAGGUGUCCCCAGUGGAGAAAAACACCAGUGAGACUCUGUACUCCCUCAAGUUUGCUGAGAGGGUUCGCUCUGUGGAGCUGGGCCCUGGGUCCCGCCGUACAGAGCUAGGUUCCUGGUCAAGCCAGGAGCAUCUAGAGUGGGAGCCAGCUUGCCAGACACCACAGCCUACAGCACGAGCCCACUCUGCCCCUGGCUCUGGGACCAGUAGCCGCCCGGGAUCCAUCCGAAGGAAACUGCAGCCGUCAGAAAGGGAGGAAACAGCCUUGAGCCAGGCCUGGCGGCUUCAACCUAUAAUCUCAACUACUCGGGAGACUGACACAAGAGGAUUCAAGUCUGAGGACAGCCUGGUCGAUACAGUCUCCAAACAGUCUGAGAAAAGAGGGAAGUUGAGGCCAGUGCCUGUGUGAAGAUGUGCCUCGAUGCCAGGCCUGGACCUGGGUGGGCCCUCUGGCCUGGCUACCUGCUGUAACACCCACCAUGAAUCCAGGAGAUGGAGGCUCUCCCGUCCUGCUCUUCCUCAGAGAUAAGAAACAUGUUCAGAAGGAAGCGAGUCUCUGUGUGGCUCUGGGCACCCAAGCAUGGGGCUUCUCUGGAAGGGCAGGGAUGGCACUCUGCCUGGUGGUAGGCCAAGGGCGUGGGAAUGUAGCCCUUGCAGGGAGGGUGGGCCCUCUCCCCCACCUGGCCCUUGGGCUGAGGUGUUCUUACUAGUGGAGGGAGGCUUGAGGAACCGGUUGGGGAGAGCAAGAGCAUCUCUAGCUACCCUCCUGAGGAGGGGAGCCCUUUUAGGGCAUGUAUAUAAUGUUCCUAGGUGUACAUAAAAGUCCUUACCCUGUUAGGGGUCUGGGCUAUAUUUAUGGCUGGCAGAGGCCAGUGUGGAAGGGCUGGGUUCGGCUCAUCUGCCUGACACCAGGCACUCCCUGCCCACUGAUUCUCAACAUGUUCCUCUCCCUAAAUCCUAUUUAAGAACUUUUGGAAGCUUAGCCAUUUUUACUUAUUAAAAUGAACGUCUUUUUACACAAGCA